AUGACAUUCAACAAAAGCGAGGAAAAAAACUUCAACAGUAUCUGCAACAACAAUUUCUCACGGUCGAGCAACAAAUGCAACAGCAAAAAACACCUGAACAAUCCAAUAAUAAAGGACAAAGAUGUUGGUGGGGUUUCCAUCGGAAAGAAGUUGAAUCAUUCGAGUUGGUCACUCUCUGCAGAUGAAGAUUACAUAGUUUUUUGCUUUGGAAAGGAUGUGACACAAGAAAACAAAGAAGUCAAAGAUCUCAAUCUCAGAAGUUCAAGGCCGGUGAACAGGAAGCUGAAGUAUGGUAAGGAUGAAGAACAAGACAGUGUUUGGAACAUUCAUGACAAAAGUUCAAACUUUAGCCAGCAUCGUAAUGAUGAACAUGAUGGAGCUUAUGUAGUUCACUACCACCACCCUCAACUAUCCUUGCAUGGAAAGGAACGAGUGAUGGUACAAAUGGGCACACAGAAACAAAGGGCGUGUCACGUUGAGGGAAUUGAAGAAUCUGCAGAAUCGAGAAACUCUGACCAAUCUGAGAGCAGUAGAAGUUCUUUUGCCUUUCCUGUACUAGCUUGGGAAUGGAUUGGAAGCCCUGUACAAAUGCCAAAAUCAUAAGGUUUGCACCUGAAGAAGCACAAGUCGAGAGCGGUGACAUUUCAGUGUUGGAGAUUCUGA